UCCCCGUCAAUUGGACAAUACGGAUUAAAAGAGAUAGUAAAAAAAAUUAGGUUUUGGGAGAGCAAUUCAACAACACUAGGGUUCUAAUCACGCCACCCCCAGGGUGAUGGCAAGAACUAGGCGUAAGCGCACAAAUCACGAGUCAAGUUCGACUAGGUUGCUCGAUGAACAACAUCUACAACAACAACAAGAUACCACAAUGAUGGAAAGCAUUCGACAUAGUGCACACAUUAGAAACGAGAACGUGGGCCAUCCAUUAGAGUCGAAUUCAAAUGAUGUCGAUAAUUCAGUGCUUGACCAAACAGAAAAUGUCCGACAAAAAAGGGCUAGAGGGCCUACUUACAUGACACGUGUUUGGGCAAGGAAGGGUCGUAAAGAAGUUCAGUUCAAUGAAUAUGGGCAAGCUAUCGGGUUAAAUAAAAGUGAAUACGUUGAAUUCGUCGGCACGUUAGUGAGAAACGGUAAGUUACUUCCUAUUGACAUUAAAGAUUGGCAUCGAGUGCCAAAGACUACAAAAAGCAAGCUAGUCGAACUGGUUAAGGCGAAGUUCCACGACGCACCUGGUUUUGAACAUAACACAUUGAUGAAUUUAGCGAAAAGUUGGAGGAACUGGAAAAAUAGAGUAAAAGCGAAUUAUUUCGAUCCGGACUUAUCGUUGGAAGAAAAUAUGCGCAAACGACCGGAUACUGAAGACGAAAGGGUCUUACCUGAUCAAUGGAAGAACGCAGUGAUUUACUGGAGCAGUGAUAAAUCGAAGAUGAUAAGUGCUAAGAAUAAAGUAAGCAGAUCAAAUAAAAGUAUGCAUCACACUACCGGGAAGCGAAGCUUUGCUCAAGUUAGAGAACGGAUGAAGGAGUCAGAAGCAUCGGUUGACGAAGAUGAAACGGGGGAUAAUCCAAUUAUAAACGGACCAAGUAGAACAGAUCUUUUCGUUAAGUGUUAUACACGAAAUGGAGAGUCUUCUAAUCCUAGUGUAGUAAAUUGUUUGCGGAAGAUGAAAGAUUUAAUUAGUGAGCUUCCUAGCGGUGCAAAAGAUAUUGGACCGGACGAUAUUUUUUCCCAAGUAGUUGGACAAGAUAAACCGGGUCGAGUAAGAAUGUUUGGUCGUGGUGUAACUGCGUCCGUUGUAUACAGUGAUUUGCAUAAGGGAGGCGAGACUUCUCAUACGAACAUAGCCUAUAAGAAUGAAAUAGAUGCGUUGAAGCAAAGAGCUGACGAGCAAGAUAAACUUAUAAUCGAGCAAAAUAUGCAAAUCCAGGAGCUUAUAUUAAUGAACAGGCAAAGAAUCGAACAAUAUUCUCCGCCACAAGCGGAUAGAGUCCGUUCGAUCUCUCAUCACCCGUCGACCUCUUCCUCGAGCCAAUUGCCUACCUCCUCAAGCAAAGAGCCUUUACGGGUUGGAGGAAAAGUCAACUUGAGAAGUAUAUUUGAAUCUUCAAAAGUCGUAGCGAUUGGUUUUCUUGUAAAUACAUCGAAAUCUGGUGAACAAAUACAAUUGGGAAAAAAAUGGUGCGAUGUUAUAAUUAAUGUUGGAAUUGAAUCGGACGAGGAGUUGAUUCGUCCGACUGCCCGUUCCAGAACUAUUGGUGAGGCUAUCGGCGAGGUUAUUGCUUGGCCACAAAACUUGGUAUUCAUGGAUGAAGAAGUAUGAAUACAUGUAGAUCUCGAAAUCGGAUGGAAAUUAGCUUUCGAGUUGUGAUAUUUGUGUUCACGUAAUGCGUUUUUUGGUGCUUUGUUUUUUUUUGAGAAGGAGCUUUAGAAUGGUGUUUAUGCAUAUGUUUGUGAUAGAUUGUCAUUGUAUACUUAUAAUUGUAUGUAAUUGUUUAAUAAUUAGACAUAAUUGUAUGUAAUUGUUUAGCAAGUAGAGUUCCCCUCUUACAGUGUGUUAUUGUGAUGUUGAAUAGUGUCACAAUAAUUAAUCUAAUGGGAAUUGGGAACUAAUACUCCGUCGCCAUUUUCUUAUGUUUCAAAUUAUUUGUCAUU